UGACUCUCCCACUCCUACGAAUCUAAUUCUGGAUCCUGCAACUACACAAUCAGCAAUCCAAUUUUGUCAAAUUAGGAGAUAGUAGUGGCAAAUUGGUUAUGGUUGAAUGGGAAGAUGCUCUUGUUGCUGUUGCCAAAGCACUUCAGUCUUCCAAGGCAGAUGAAUUGGCUGCCAUUGUUGGUGGAUUUGCGGUUGCCGAAGCCCUUGUUGCUCUUAAAGACAUGCUAAAUCAACUUGGCACCGAAUCCCUCUGCACCGAAGAAGUAUUUCCAAUGGAUGGCGCUGGAACAGAUCUGCGAUCAAACUAUCUUCCGAAUUCGACCAUUGCUGGUGUCGAGGAAGCGGACGUUGUACUCUUGAUUGGUAUCAAUACACGAUUCGAAGCGCCACUUUUCAACGCUCGUCUCCACAAAUCCUGGAUCAAUAAUGACCUUCAUGUUGUGACUGUUGGCCCAGAUGUUGACUUGACUUACGAAACGGAGAAUCUGAGAGACUCGAUGCAAGUACUCCAGGAUUUGGCAGAGGGUCGUCACGCUUUUUCCAAGGUCUUGAAUGGUUCUAUACGUCCCAUAAUCGUAGUAAGUUCGGGAGCUCUGCAGAGAGAGUAUGGUGCAACUGUUUUACAAUUGACUCAAAGAAUAGCCCAGAAUGCCCGUGUGAACGCUAACGUUGGUCACGACUGGCGCGUGCUUAACGUCCUCCAACGUGUUGCAUCCCAAGUUGCCGCUUUAGAUUUGGGCUACAAAGCCGGUAUCGAAGCUAUUCGCGAGAAUCCGCCAAAGAUUAUUUUCCUACUGGGAGCUGAUGAAGGCGUCAUUAGUCGUGAGGACUUGCCCAAGGAUUGCUUUGUUAAAUUUAAUUCAAGACAUCAUGGUGAUCGUGGGGCUUCAAUGGCUGAUGCUGUGCUCCCUGGAGCUGAUUAUACAGAGAAACAGGCCACUUACGUCAACAUGGAGGGUAGAGCGCAACAGAUGUACACGGCGAUAACACCCCCCUGGCCUGGCUCGAGAAGAUUGGAAGAUUCUGCGUGCAUUAAGCGAGGUAAUGGAUAA